AUGCCGGUUGAAUUUCAGUUGCAAAGCAUUGAUGGUAAAUUGAAAAAGAAGAUAAAUGCUUUAAAAGUUGAUAGAGUUACGAGUAACAUGCAAGUGGUGGAUUGGAAUGACUUUGUAAAGUUGGAAAAGAAGACCACAAAAGUUAGAAUCGUUUUUGACGCUGCUGCAAAAUGCAAAGGUGUUUCGCUGAAUGACGUCAUCCAUCAAGGACCAAAACUGCAACGAGAUCUCUGUGUCGUUCUGUUGCAGUUCCGAAGAAACGCAGUCGCUUUGCUGGGUGAUAUAACAGAGAUGUACUUGCAAAUUGAGCUGAAUCCGAAAGAUCGAAGAGACCACAGAUUUCUUUGGCGAGAUCUAGAAGCAAAUAAAAACCCUGAGUUAUUUGAAUUUACAAAAGUUGUAUUUGGUGUUAAUUCCAGCCCUUUUCAAGCAAUACAAUACAAACACAUGCAGAGAAAUAUAAAAAAAGUUUCUACAGGCUGUGGAGACUGUUGA